AUGGCGAACGUGAGAGAUAGUGAUACUUCGUUGUGGCUGCAUAAUAAAUUGGGAAUAUCAAAUGAUAGUUGGACUGGCAGUUCUAUUUGUUCUCAGUUAAAUGCCGAGGUUUUACGUAAUAUAAAGGAUUGUUUUGCCGAGCUGCAGACCCAAGUUAAGCUCAAAUUACUGCUUUCUUUUUUCCACAUACCAAGACGCAAUGUUGAAGAGACCCUGCCAGCAACUGGAUCAUUAAACACAGAUAUAUCAGACCUGGACGAGCAGCGUCCAAUAUUCAGCGAGUUGGUAAACGACCUGAGGAAGCUACUGAAGAAGCAAACAGACUUGACAAUGCUGCCUUUGGAAUGUCACUACCUCAAUAAAACGGCCUUGAUAUCGGUAGUCGGGCAACAACCAGCGCCGACGAAGCAUUUUACACUGAAAAGGAAGCCCAAGAGCGCUGCGCUAAGAGCGGAGUUGGUCCAGAAGAGCAUCGACGCCGCGAAUAACAUGAAGAAGAGCACCGCGCCGACGGUGCCGGUUCGCAGCCGAGGAAUGCCGAGAAAAAUGACCGACACUACGCCGCUGAAGGGAAUUCCGAGCCGAGUGCCAACGGGAGGGUUCAGAUCUCCAGCUCUGACUCCUUCCUCGAUGUACACCAGGACGCCUAUCAGCAGCAGGAUCAGGAAGGACGGAGGGAUCAAACUCCUGGACAUUACAGAGCAGCCUUUGGGCUACGCGCAGGCGAAAAAACGAAAGCGAAUGCUCGAGCUGGAGGAACAGCAGAAGAAAGUCGCAGAAGCUCAGACUGCUGCUCAACCACUCCAACAAUACCCACAACACCCAGUACCAGCGUGCCUGUACCAGCAGCUCCAACAGUGGUACCAGAGCCAACUCCAGCCACCGUUCAAACUAUCAGACCUCCACAAACAAUCACACAAAUUCCGAGAACAAAUGUUGGAAGCACAAGAAAUGUUUAGAACAGCGAACAAAGUUACCAGGCCCGAGAAAGCUCUUAUUCUCGGAUUUAUGGCCGGAGCAAGAACUAACCCUUGUCCUAAACUGGGUAACAUUGUUACUGUGAUGCUGUCGGAGAAUGUCGAGGAAGUUGUUCAGCCGGAUGGUACAAAAUUGUCGAUGCUCGUCGAAACUCACUUCCAGAUGAAUUAUACGAACGGUGAGUGGAAGAGAAUUAAAAAGAACCGUCGGGUGGUCACUGAAGACUCUGUGAUUUCUAACGCAGCUACGGCUACUGCGGCAGCUUCUAAUUAA